AUGAGGUUUUGGCACUGGAAUCGUCAAGGCAUGUUUUUCAGACGACAGCGCUCAGAAGUUACGACGUAUUUGGAGGAGUUGAAAAAAGCAGGAGGAAGAGGAGGCAAUUUGAGUGGCCAUGGCAGCAUAAUAAAGCCGGAUGCUAUGCUCCCAAAUGAGAUCACACGCUAUGUAGUAGAAGAUGGGGAUGUUGGGGAAUCGACUGAGCUUCAGUGGAAGGCAACGGUGGAGGAUAUGUACCUAAAACAGCAGCAGCAGCAAAUGCAGGGGCAGGGUUUGGGAAAAUUUAAAAACUGCUUGGCAGUGUGUCACAUCAAAGAUUUCAUGGGCAUACGCCCCAGAGAAUUGGCGCUGCUGCUGCAUUCGAUAGAAGGGGAUGAUCUCAAGUCCAAGUGCGAGUUUAUGAUGAGGACAUGUAGCAGUGAGUUGGGAUUGUAUGUUCAUAGUCGGAAGGUAUGGGACUUCAUUCUGGAAGUUGCUGUGAAAGAGAACUUGAAGGCAGAGCAGAUGGUUAAGAAGGUGUUUGUGUUCACCGACUUAGAGGAUAUGAGCGAGUUUAAGGAGCAAGGGUAUGGGGAUAAUGCAGUGCCACACAUUUUGCUUUGGAAUAUGGGGGAUUGGAACAAGCCUUGUAUAGAAGAACAUCAUCGAGGGGUGACGCUGUUGAGGGGCUUCUCUGAAAACUUGCUCAAGUCUUUCUUGGAUAAUGGUGGGGAAAUUGGCCGGCGCCGUCUUAUGGAAGCAGCCAUUGCUGACAAAGAGUAUCAAGCUCUCUCUGUGGUGGACUGA